GGUCUUGAAGUAAUUAUGGAUGCCUGCCUGGUUGUGCUUGUGUCAGCUCUGUGAACAGUUGAAUAGCCAUGAAAGAGUCUGCUUAUUCGCUUGUGCACUUGGUAUCCAAAGAAGAAGAGGAAGGUGUGAAUCUUGUUACUUUACUCAAUGGAGUCGACACAGCAUCUGACAGAUGAAUAUAUCACAGAUUUUGAUCUGGAACAACUGGAGAUGGUACCAGUAAUUAAAAUGGAAUCCGACAAGGAUCGUUUCUCAAGUACAUGCUGUAGUAAUAUAUCGGAGUGCUCCCAAUCGGCACCGACCAGUCCCGAUGAUGGAGAGUCGAGCAUGUCAUCCGCGUCUCCGGACGUGACCAGCUUGCAGCCACCCGUGAAAAACUUCAUGGAGGAAAUCUACUGGUUCACAAACACACACAGCAAUCAUGACAUAUCUCAGAACGGAGUGUUAGAUUUGUUUCUAAGCAACUCCUCACCGAAUCCGAAUAUGGGAAGCAGUAGAAGCCAGUCAAGGAAAAACAGCACUUCGUCCAUAUCAUCAUCAACGUCCGCAUCAUCAUCAUCAGUGUGUAUAAAAAGGAGCUUCAAAGCGCGAUCGUCGCCCGAUCUCGCCAAAUGUGAGCUCAAUGAUGACGAACUGGUAUCGCUGCCGGUACGUGACCUCAACAAGCGGCUACACGGGUUUCCGAAGGACGAAGUGAGCCGUUUGAAACAGAAACGUAGAACGCUGAAAAAUAGGGGUUACGCCCAAAACUGUCGUUCAAAGCGCAUGCAACAGCGAAACGAGUUGGAGCGGACGAACAAAUCUUUGCAGCAACAGUUGUCGGUGAUACAACGCCAAAUUGGACUGGUUACACGUGAGAGAGACUAUUAUAAAGACUGCUAUGAGCGGCUACAAAGGAAACGAGAUAGUUCGUUAUCCAGUUCACCAAGUCCACUAACUGAAUAGAUAAAUAAAUAAAACAAAUUAAUAAAUAAAUAAAUAUAUUAUAUUAUAUAUAUGAAGGAAUUAUUGAGGAGAAAAGACAGAGAGUAAUUGACAGCAAUUAUAUAUGAAAAAGAAAAAAAAUUAAAUAAUGAUGAAUAAUGUUAUGGAUAAUAAUAAUAAUAAUAUUUCUGAAACAAUUGAGUCAGCAAAAAUAAAAAAAAAA